AUAAAGACCUACGGCUUUUCAGGUUUAAUACGCCAAAGGGUGUUUGCUUUACUCUGCUAUAUUUAUUAUUAACGACGUCUUACAGUAUUAAAUUAUUAUUAGGGUCUCUUUUUGAAGGUUAAAGGGAAACGAUUGUAUUCCUCUUACUUUGUACCGACCUGGAAAUGGCAACUUGUACAGCUAGCUUGUCGUGCUUUGUUGUUUUCCUGUUUUAUCUUAUAGCGCAAGUUCCCGCUAAACCAAAAGUAGCAUUCACGUCAAGGUCAUCAAAAAAAUCUGAAACGUCUGGUUUUGUUAGCAUCAGCCUUGAAAGAACUGUUGACACAAACAUACAAACAACAGUGAGCUUAGAUCUAAAGGGAACCGCGACCAAGGAUAGUGAUUACCUUGUAGUAGGAUCAUUGGUUGUAACUUUUCCAGCUAAUGAUUUAUCCCCCCAAAAUAUCAGUCUUUUUAUACUCAAUGAUGAACUUGUCGAAAUCGGGAAACGCGAAACUAUUAUCGUUGAGAUUCGAAAAGAUGCUGCAAUCAAUAGGAAGGCAAACUACACGAGACACAGAGUCUACAUAGCAGAUGAUGAUGUCAGUAUUAAUUGUCAAAACACCCAGGUCAGUGAGUCUGCGGGAACAGCGACAGUCCAAAUAGCCAGGUCCGGGUCAUUCCGAGCUAAUAGAGAUACCCAUUCUAUCGAAUGCUUCACAAAAGAUGACAGUGCAACAGCACCAAGUGAUUAUACAACAAUAAACUCUGCUUUCAGCUUCACAAAUCGCAACAAAGUACARAGAAUGAGUAUUGCCAUUAAAAAUGAUACUAUUCCCGAGGCAAACGAAAACUUUAAAGUGAGAUGUUUUACACGUGACGUAAGAGUACGAAUCAAUAGCUCUUGUGAUGAUGCUGUAGUUACCAUUCAAAACGACGACACGUACGCAUUCUUCUGUCCUGGUGGUUAUGCAAAAAAAGUCGCCGAAAAUGCCGGUUCUUUUUCAGUCGAAAUUUGUCGUGUAGGUGUCCUGGAUACAUCGCCUACUGUUAAAUUAUGUAGAACAACCGAAGGAGGAAACAGCCCAUCAAUUAUUGCAGAAUGUAAAGAUGUAGCUUUUACAGUAAAUAGAGACAGGGUAACUGCUGGUAUUAUUAUUAUCAAUGAUAAUAAAGGAGAUACAGAAAUCCAAACGUUUCAGAUUUACUUGGAAAGUUCUGCCGUCACAAUUAACGAUACAGCCCAUUAUGACGUCACUAUUCAGGAUAACGACAAUACCUUUUUUCUGACGAGUGUUAGUGAGAUCCAAGUGACUGAAGGUGUUGGAUCACCUAAUGUUACUCUCACUAUCAGAAGGGAGGGUCGAACUUCAAUAGCUUCUAGUGUCAGUCUGGAACUCGUAUUUGACACUACUGCUAAGAGUGCAGAUUGCACUGGUAUAAGUCCCCGUUUGAUCGAAUUUGAAGCAAAUGAAACAAACAGAACAAUAACAGCCUGUACAUUGGUGGAUGACAGACUGAUAGAAGACGACGAGACUUUCAAGGUUAAGAUAUCAGGAGUGUCUUCAAGCAAUGUUAGGACUGGAAAAUCUGAAAGAACUGUCAAACUGAUAAGUGAUGAUGUGAAUGUUGGAUGUCAAGGAUCGCGGUUGAAAGAAGCCAAUGGUCCUGCUACUGUGAGACUGGACAGAACUGGAGCAACCGCAGUCACUGCUAAUAAUAUCUCGUGCAGCAUUACCAAUGGUACAGCUUUCAGCCCGAACGACUACAUGUCUCAAACUUCAACCACAGUCUCAUUUGCACUCAAUCAAUUGACUAAAAACUUCCCUGUGGUUCUUACCAAUGACAGAGUAGUCGAGACAAAUGAGAGUUUUACAGUUACUUGUAACACUUCUGACCCACGAGUGGUUGUUGAUCCAUCCUGCAUUGGUAUACAGAUAAAUAUCACAAAUGAUGACACCUAUGUUUACUUCUGUCCUGGAUAUUCAACUUCCAUUGAAGAAAACGUUGGGUCCUACACAGUUCGACUUUGUCGUGUUGGUGUGCUUGAAGACACCCACACUGUGCGACUAUGCAGAACUUCUGAUUCAGUCUUUCUGCCGCAUGAUUAUCCAUCAGUACAAGCAAGAUGUGAUGAUAUAGUGUUUGCAGCCUACGAAACGGUAAAAGAACUUGUCAUUCCUGUGACUAACGACGUUUGGGGCGAACAAGAGUACAAAACAUUCAACGUUUUCAUAAUCACUACCGACUCUCGAGUCACCUUCAACGAUACGACAAGUUACGCUGUCACCAUACACGAUGACGAUAAUACAUUUUGCUUCAAGAGAACGUCGGCUACAGUCUAUGAAGAACACGAUAAAUUUGUCAACAUGACGAUCAGACGAAUGGGAGCAAUCACUGUGUCAAACGCUUCUGUCAUCAUUGACACUUCACCACAAACCGCCAUUACUCCAGAGGACUACGCAGAACCGAUUCUUAAUCUCCGCUUGACAUUCUUUGUUGGGGAGAUUGAAAAACAUAUCUCAGUAAAUAUAGUCAACGAUAAACUCGUAGAAGAUGACCAGACGUUCCAGCUUUCAUUGACUGCUGUUAAUGGAAGUACCGAGUUCCCAGACUGUAAAACUUCUUCUGUAACUAUUGUCAGCAAUGACGUAAACAUGUUCUGCAGAGAUCGGAGAGGACAUCAGAGGGUUUACGAGAACAGUCAAGGUCCUGUACUCAUGGAGUUCACGCGAGAAGGAUCUCUGCAAUACAACCACACAAUAAGAAUCCGUACGAUUGAUGGCACCGCCCAAUCUGGUAAAGACUACAUUGCUAUCGAUAAAACCUUAACAUUUGCACCCUACCAGACCAGCUUAACAGAAAAUGUGGUGUUGGUGAAUGAUAACGUCCUGGAACCUGACGAGACGUUUAGCUUGUCUGUGACGUCAUCAGAUGACAGGGUACACAUAAUAUGUCCUGGUACCGAAUUUACUAUUAUUGAUGAUGACACUUUUAUCAGAUGUGGUAACCAGAGCAUCGAGGUCAGCGAGGGCAACAAAACCGUCUAUUUAACUUUGAAAAGAGAAGGCGUCUUAAACAAGGCUUCUUUAAUCUGGUUUAGUACAAAAGACGGCUCAGCAGUUGAUAAAUCAGACUACAAGCCACAGAACCAAGUCAAUAGAACAUUCCUUCCAGAUCAAGUGUACAUGACGUUAAGCGUCGAUCUAGUUGACGACGAGUACAAAGAAGACGAUGAGACUUUCUCAGUCAUCAUUGGAACUUAUGACCACGACACGACUCUUACGUCAGGAGGAAAGUGUGUAAUUGUUACCAUCAAGGACGAUGACCCAAAUCGCAUGACGGAGCAGCAAGCACAAGCGCUCCUUCUCAGUCGACGGCUUAACUUCUUAAUAAUUAUUGGAGUUGCCGGUGCUUUCGCUAUCCUGGUUCUUAUAUCUGUCGUCUGCCGCAUGUGGUAUAUCUUACGUCGAGCCAAGAAAUAGGUUCAACGGGGGAGUAAACGUGAGGGAAUCAAUAAAGUUAAUUAGUGCAGAUAUAACACACACAUGCCACGUCACGACGAGUGUGCGAAUCACGUGCACGAUAUCAUCAUGAUAUAGCCAAUCAAUCACCAAUUACCUUGCACCGCAAUACUUUUCUAUGGCAACGCAUAAUUUGACAACAUCAAAAACGUAACUUUUCUAUCGAGCAUUUAUUAAAUAUAUAUUUCAGCUUUUCAGUUUUUCUGUGACUAACUCUGCUACAAUAAAUAAAUAAAAACCUUUACUGUGUUUUUCUUGCACCGCAUGUA